CCCGCAUAUUUGGACGGAAUAUUCGACGGCCGAGGGUCCCCGAGGCGGACGGAACCUGCUCGUCACCGUCAAGAGGGACGGCGGAAUUCUGUUCGCCGGCGGUGGUGGGACGGCGGAGCUGCCAACCCCAUUACUUAACAGUUAACUCUGCACUCCUACCCCCUCUCCUCGGGCAGGCAGUUACGAGGGUAGGUGGAGUACCGGGAGCGCGUCCCAUCGAGUGCCCUUCCCUCCUCCGUUCGCCUAUAAAUGCGAAGCGGGUGAGGCGAUCUCCGGGGUCGCUCUCUCUCGAUUCCUCCACUCUUAAGUCAGCGGGUGAGUGAGUGACAGGGGAAGGAAUCCCUCUCUCGAGAAGAAAAGGAAGAAGCAGAGAGCCUGCGUGCGUAUUGUAUGGCCGCCAUUACUCUUCGUAAGGGAGGUUCCGUCGGGAUUUGCAGGCGCUUCGCUCAGAUCUCGGCGUCUCGCCACAUCCAUCAGUCGGCGUAUGACAAGAACCCGGAGGACCAUCCGACGCCGGACGAUGUGAUCGGCCAACAGGCGGAGAAGUACUGGGCUCCGCACUCGAAGACGGGCGUUUUCGGCCCACCGGAGAAGGCUGGCGGCCCUCCAACCAACCUGGACCGCGGGGAACGCCUGACCUCCUCCCCAAUUCCGCAGUUGGCUCAGGGCUCCACUCUCGAGCAGCAGGCCUGGUUCCGCACCAACAGCGACGUGGACAUCGAUAGGAACGCCGGCCACUACACCCAAGAGGGAUAAAUGGAUCGACCGCCUUCCGCCGCCGUUCUGUCUUUUCUGUAGUUCCUUAGUCUCGCCGCUGCGGUUACUAUUCCCAUCUUGCUACUGUUACUGUUUACUAUGUGUGUUGCAUAUACCCUGCACUAGACGCUCUGCGUUCUUUUGCUUCAUUAAAGUCCGUCGAUGGUCCUCCGGCCGUCGUUCUGUACGGGCGAACUAUGUACUUGUACCUAUCUACUAUCUCUUCUGCUUGUGUCCCUUUUCUUA